UCUCAGCGUGCGUGUGAAACACUCAAGUCCACGCCUACAACAUUUGAAUAAUUUGGCCUUUUAAAUGUAUUUCCAAUGACUGAUGCGUAAAAGUGCCGUGUUGUUGAGACACACAACAGUUGCGUGUGAACAUAAGUCACAGGAGAGAGUUGGACAUCAGCAGGCUUCGUUUAAAGUUUGUAGCAGCUGCGCAGAGAAUUGACGCACUGGACACAAAACCAGGCAUGUCCUCAGUUGAGCCCAGGACGAAGACAGACCUUGACCAAAAGGUAUUUGUCAACCGAAGUCUGACACUAAAAAACAUCAAGUGCUAUGGCUUUGACAUGGACUACACACUGGCAAUGUACAAGUCUCCUGACUAUGAAAGCCUGGGUUUUCAGCUGGCCAGAGACAGACUGGUGUCUGUUGGAUACCCUCAUGAACUUCUCUCCUACACGUACGACCCCAGCUUCCCCACACGCGGUUUAGUGAUUGACACCACAUAUGGAAACCUCCUGAAGGUGGAUUCAAAUGGCAAUAUUUUAGUCUGCAGUCAUGGCUUCCACUUCCUCAAAGGGAAAGAGAUUCACAACUAUUACCCCAACAAGUUCAUUCAAAGACACGACACCGAGCGCUAUUACACUCUUAACACACUCUUCAAUCUGUCAGAUACCUACCUCUAUGUCUGCCUUGUAGACUUCUUCACCAGAUGUACUAGAUACACAAAUCUCGUGAAUGGUUACCAGCACGGGGACUUGCUUAUGUCCUUCAGAAGCAUGUUCCAUGAUGUCCGUAAUGCAGUGGACUACAUCCACGACACGGGCAUUCUGAAGGAACAAACAAUCAAGAAUUUGGAGAAAUACGUCAUUAGAGAUCCGGACCUCCCUGUACUCCUGACCAGAAUUAAAGAGGUAGCCAAGGUCUUCCUUGCCACCAACAGCGACUACAGCUACACUGAGAUCAUUAUGACAUAUCUGCUUGAGAGCAGUGCCAAGUUUGGAAGUCCAAAAACAUCCUGGCGUUCCUUCUUCGACCUCAUUGUUGUGGACACCAGAAAGCCGCUGUUCUUUGCAGGAGGGACUGUGCUGAGACAAGUGGACGUGGACACAGGAAAGCUCCGGAUUGGGACUUACACAGGUGACCUUCAGCAUGGAACUGUGUACUCAGGAGGAUCCUCGGACAUCAUCUGUGAUCUGCUGAACGUCAAAGGUAAGGACAUCCUCUACAUUGGAGACCACAUCUUUGGUGACAUACUCAAAUCCAAGAAGCGCCAGGGCUGGAGGACUUUUCUGGUCGUACCGGAGCUCACCAAGGAGCUGCAAGUGUGGGAGGAGAAGAAACAUUUGUUUGAAGAGAUGAAACAUCUUGACAUCUUCUUAGCUGAAUUUCACAAGCACCAGGGCGGCGACAGUCAAACGUGUCCUGAUGUCAGUGCCAUUCAGACCCGAAUUAAGAUGCUUUCCUACAGGAUGGACAUAUCCUAUGGACAGAUGGGCAGCCUCCUGCGCAGUGGCUGCAGACAGACACUGUUUGCCAGCCAGCUGUUGCGUUAUGCAGACCUUUACUCCUCCACCUGCAUCAACUUGCUACACUACCCCUUCAAUUACCUCUUCAUGGCUCCUCCAGUCCUGAUGCCUCACGAGGUAGUUUCUGACAUUACAUCAUCAGAGCUCCCUGUCACCAACUACAACCUCACGAUGAACUGAAACUGAGUGCUGAAGACAGCUGAUAGAGAUGUUUCAGUGGAAGGAGAACAGUUGAAAAAGCUACAGAAAUCCUCCAAUGUGCUUCUGCUUAUCACUGAUGGAGGCGAUUGUUUACACCUGUGCAUGUAUGAAAGGUUUGUUGCAGCCAUGAUGUACCUCCUUACAAAAAAAAACUAACUUAUUGCGCCACCUGCUGGGUAUAUAAUGUGAUGGCAUGUAACGUUUACUAAAUAAGCCUAUAGGUGAAGUUAGUUGACCAUGUAGGAUUUAAAGCAGGAACAGACUCAGGGCGACUGUUUAUAGGAGUGUGAAUUUGUCUUUGUUAUUUAUAUGUUGUGAUGCAUAUGCACUUUAAUUUUGAGCUUUGUGUAAUGGUUUUAAGGAAGAACUAUUUUUUGUUUCUCUUUCUCGUAUUAUUUCAAUAAAGUAUUGUUCAUUUUCUUUGUUUUCACCGAAGUACAAGAACUCUAAGUAAACAUGAUGGUGUAUACAGUAUUGCAGGAUCUCAGCUAAUAUGAAAGUACACGUUUUUACCUUGUGGAUUUUUAUUUUCUAGAGAGUAGUCCCAGUGAAAAAUCCAGUGUGGUCUGUGGAUUAUAAUUCUUAUACUAACCACGACCCUGUUCAUGGAAAGACAUGUUGCUGUUAAGUGUUUUUUAUGUAUUAAUGUCAUGGAGGCAAAUCUCUCACAGACAGAUGCUGUAAAGUCUGGAAAAAUAAAACCAAAACAAGAAAUAGUAGAUGUUGCUAUGAGCAAGUUGGAUCUUUUUCCAUCAUUUUGUUUUCCUUUAACAC